AGAGGGGUAGUUUGGUAAAUUUUCAAAUGCCCUUAUCUCAUUUCCGAUCCUCCUUCUUCUUGCUACCGCCUUCGCACCCAUUCAUAAAAAAGGAAAGACGCAAUCUUUUCUUGUCUCUUCCAUUGCUUCAAAUCCUCCUAAUAAAGCUUUCCUCUUUCACUUUCUAAUCUCUUUAAUCCGUUUAAAUCCAAUCCCAAAUACAGAUUUUGAUUACAAAAAUCUAACAUUUUGCUGAUUUGUGUUUUAGGGUUCUCUCGUGUUUUUUAUGAUUUUGAUUCCCGUAAAGAUUCAAUCACUUUUCUCAUAUCUCUUGUUACUGAAUUUGAUCCAAUCGAUCGAUAAACCAAACCCAGAAGCUAUGAGAGUGCACCCAAUUCCCAGAAACAUCAACAACACAUUGAUCCAUCAUCAUCAUCAUAACCCGACCCGAGAACCCGGAAAGAAUCUCCGACGAUUACCACAUAUCUUCAACCGUGUUCUGGAGCUACCAUUGAGGUCAGAAGCAGAUGUAGCAGUGGAAGAGAGACACGACUGUUUUCGAUUUGUGGCGGAGACGGUAGGUCUCUGUAACGGCGAUGGAGAAAUGAGGGCUUAUAUGGUUGAGAUUCAUCCUGGUAUAACCAAGAUCGUUGUGAGGACAAAUGGGUCUUCUUCUCUUGGUUUGUCUUUAGACGAAUUAGAGCUUGACGUGUGGCGUUUUAGGUUACCGGAAUCAACUAGGCCUGAGCUUGUUACUGUUGCUUGUGUUGAUGGUGAUUUGAUUGUUACUGUGCCUAAGAAUGCUGAAGAAGAAGAUGAUGAUGGUGGUGGUGGUGAUUUUGGACAAGGUAUUGGUAGUGGAAGGCUUGUGCUUGUUCAGUGAAUCAAAGUAAUGUCCUCUAUGUAACAUGAGAAGAAGACUAAUCUCUAAUCUUCUUCGUUUCGUUGAUAUUGUGUAGCCUUCUGUUUUUGUUGUUGGCAAUAAAAGAAAAGAUUGAAUCUUUGAUGAUCUCUUAUUUUGUAAGAUCAACAAGGGUUGUUUAAGGUUGUAUC